AUGCAAUUUGAACAAAUGGUAUUUGAGGACAUCCCUCCCACUUUUCUAUCAAAAUUCAAAUAUGCAAGGUAUUUCAUUGAAGUUUUCAGUAAAGGAAUCACUCACAUUUGUUACCAUUUCAGAAAAUUAGUUCCCAUAUCUUGUCAUUACUACCGAACCUUUACUGUUAAUAAGAAUUUUAAAAGAUCAAUUACAUUAGUACCUAUUGCUUUCAUUAUAUUUUCAGUAUGGUUUCUAUCAGAAAAUUCCCCAGUCAAUGCUUCUCUAAUAGAAUAUCUAAACUGGGAAUCUAAUAAUAACAAUUUUAAGACAGUGGUCUCAAAAAAAUCGUUAUUAGAUGUUGAUGUGUCUAAUUCCAUUAAAAAUAUAAAUUUUGAAAUGUCUCCUAUCACUAAUGAGGUUUUAACUCAACAAUAUUCGGUAAAUAACCUAGUAGGAUUUGUUUCCAAUGUUGACGUUGACUCUCAUAAACACCUAAAUCUAAAUGGGAAGGGAAAACGUUAUAGUAAUAAUAAAAUUCAAUUACAAGCAAGAGCUUCUUCAGAAACUAUCCCAGACGUUAAGAAAUUAGAAAAAGAGGGCCGUAAGUCCUAUGAUUCACUGGUUACAUGUGAAUCUAUUCAAUACAAUGGUACUAUCGAACACUCUGCGCAGAUGAGGAUUCUUGGAGACGAUUUACUUUCGUUGAGAAGAUCUUUAUUGAAACAAGGGAACUGGUUGGCUAAAGAAUUAAAAGAUGAUUCUGAUAAAAAUAAAAAAGAGGAGGAUAUUGUAGAAUCACAAUGGUUUAGAUUUGGUGGGUCCUCCAUUUGGUUGGAAAGUGAACAAUGUUAUUUAGUAUUCAGCAGAAUUGUAUAUUCGAGAAAAGGUGAAAAAAAUCACCCACAUGUUUCGUUAGUAAGGGCCCAAGCUUUUGAUAAAAAUUGGCAAGAACUUAUCGGUAAAAAAAUUCCAUAUGUUGACAUUGAUUUUCCAACAGAUAUGGACCAUGAAUUAAAGAAAUUUGAAGACGAGCUUGGGAUACAAAAUUGUAAAGAGUAUUUAGAUGAUCUAAAAAAAUAUGAAGUUUGCAACACACGUCAAGUGAAGUCUCAUUUACAGAAUCAAAGAAGAAAAGAUAUUCUUUUGUCCCGCUACUAUAUUACGUAUCCAAACGUAUUGGAUAUUCCUUUCGAUGCAAACGGUGACUGGAAGGGACCAGAAGAUCCUCAUGUAAUUCUAAGAAAUACAGGAACUUACGAGGAACCUAUUGUUAUAUUCAACAUGGAUGAUCCUACUAGUGGAGGUAGACGGAUGUUUAGCUAUAUGCCACACAGGAGAUUGGAUUCUCUACAGCGAUUAACAAUACAUGGACGUAAAUUAAGAGGUUCGGAAAAGAAUUGGACUCCAUUUUUUCAUCCUUCUGAUAAGCCACAAAGCAAGCUGUCGCGAGGAUUUAUUCAUUUCAUUUAUUCUUUUAAUCCGUUAGAUAUUAUCAAAUGUUCCCUAAAUGACGGUAUAUGUGAAACAGUUUUUGAUGGUGAAACAUUGGACUUAUCUGAAAUGAAUACAUUUGGUGGAAUGAGAGGGGGUACUCAAUUUGUACCACUACCUUCUGUAUUACCUGCUGUUAAGAAUAAGAACAUAUGGAUCGGUUUUCCUAAACUACAUAUAUCUCAUUGUGGGUGCGGCGACAUAUUUUAUAGACCAAUGUUAGACCUACUGAUUGAAUCAGGAGGAGUUUAUCAUCAAGAGCUAGUAGUUCCUGUAGUUGAUUUUGGAAUCGAUGUUCUAUCGUGGGAUUUACUCGAUACAGACUGUAAAAACACAAACAUUUUAAGUCCUAAUUCCAUUGUUCAUUGGGAUGUGGUUGAUCAAAAUUCGGACACCAAACACUAUGAGGACUAUAUGACACUUACAAUAAGUGAAUCAGACAGCCUAACCAAGAUUGUGACUUUGAGGGGUGUUUUGAAUUAUGUUUUGGGGAUCUAUAAACAUAAAAAUAUUAAAAAUGAUUUCUAUCCAAGUAUAGAAUCGAAUAAUAUUAUUGGUAAGACAUUAUCAUGUUUAGUACAAGGUGCUAAACAAAUUUGUGAGGAAUACGGUGAGAAUCAUAAAGCUUUGUGA